UCGCUGCUUUGGCGUCUGUUUCAUAUUCCAUUUCCAAGUCAACGCUUUUCUGCAUCAUCAUCACCAUUUUCGUCGCUUUCUCUUCCCUUCCCCACCACCAUCUUAUUUCCAUAACACUCUUCCCGUUUCCACUGCCAUGGCCCCACCAUUAACAGCCUGUCUAAUGCCCUAAUUUAAGGAAUUGGCGGUAGAAUCUUCAUAAAUACCCGAACCAAUUGCCAGAUCCACUAUCUUCACCUUCAUCCCUUUCACUCUCAGAUGGAUCGGAACGGGAGAGAGAGAGGUUUCGAGGAGGAGGAGGCGGAGGAGAAGUACGGCGAGUUGGAUCCAAACCAGAAGGCCAAGAGAGAUAGAGGUGAUGAAGGAUUAAUGGCGGAGGAAUUGAUGUCGGUGGAGAAGAUUUUCGAAGCGCAAGAAGUUCCGUCGUGGCGCAAACAGCUGACGGUGAGAGCGUUCGUUGUGAGCUUUGUACUGAGCGUCUUGUUCACUUUCAUCGUCAUGAAGCUUAACUUGACCACCGGUAUUAUUCCUUCGCUCAGUGUCUCCGCCGGACUUCUCGGCUUCUUCUUCGUGAAGACAUGGACCAAAUUUCUGGAGAAAUCCGGUUUCCUGAAGCAGCCUUUCACUCGCCAGGAGAACACCGUGAUUCAGACUUGUGUUGUCGCUUCCUCCGGCAUCGCCUUCAGCGGAGGCUUUGGGAGCUAUCUAUUUGGACUGAGUCAGCGCAUCAGCAACCUAGCAUCGGCGGAUGUGAAUGACUUCAAGAACCCUUCAUUAGGAUGGAUUGUUGGUUUCCUUUUCAUCGUCAGCUUCAUCGGCCUCUUCUCGGUGGUGCCUCUAAGAAAGAUAAUGAUCAUAGAUUUCAAGUUGACCUAUCCAAGUGGUACAGCCACAUCACAUCUCAUCAACAGUUUCCACACUCCUCGAGGAGCAAAGUUGGCCAAGAAGCAAGUGAGAAUGCUUGGAAAGUUCUUCUCCUUCAGCUUCUUGUGGGGCUUCUUCCAAUGGUUCUUCACUGCGGGAGAUGACUGUGGUUUUGUCAAUUUCCCAACAUUUGGCCUCAAAGCUUACCAAUACAGAUUUUAUUUCGAUUUCUCUGCAACAUAUGUUGGAGUAGGAAUGAUUUGUCCGUACAUCAUUAACAUAUCUGUGUUGCUUGGAGGAAUUCUUUCAUGGGGAUUAAUGUGGCCUCUCAUCGAGAAAAGAAAAGGAGAUUGGUACAGUGCUGAGCUUUCCCCCAACAGCUUUCAUGGCCUUCAAGGCUACAAGGUGUUUAUCUCCAUUGCCUUGAUUCUGGGUGAUGGGUGUUACAACUUUGUAAAGGUGUUGUCAACAACUCUUACAGGUUUGCACCGCCAGUUGAAAAAGAAAGAUGUAAUCCCAGUCUCGGAUGCUUCCUCUCCUUCGACCUCCGACGUUACGUUCGAUGACAAACGGAGGACUCAACUCUUCCUCAAAGAUCAGAUUCCCUCCUGGUUUUCCGUUGGAGGAUAUGCUGUGAUUGCAGCCGUAUCCAUAGCCACAUUGCCACAUAUCUUUUCUCAGCUGAAAUGGUAUUACAUACUUGUCAUCUACGUGAUUGCACCAGUGCUAGCUUUCUGCAAUGCUUAUGGUACUGGGUUGACGGAUUGGUCCCUUGCAUCUACCUAUGGAAAGCUUGCCAUCUUCACGAUCGGAGCAUGGGCUGGUGCUUCGCAUGGUGGAGUCGUUGCAGGCUUAGCAGCUUGCGGAGUAAUGAUGAACAUUGUCUCUACAGCAUCAGAUCUGAUGCAGGAUUUCAAGACUGGAUACAUGACACUAUCUUCACCACGGUCUAUGUUCGUGAGCCAGGUAAUAGGCACUGCCAUGGGAUGCGUCAUAUCUCCUUGUGUGUUUUGGCUGUUCUACAAGGCAUUUGAUGACCUUGGACAACCCGAUAGUACUUAUCCAGCGCCUUAUGCAACAGUCUACCGUAACAUGGCUCUUCUUGCAGUCGAGGGCUUCUCUAGCCUCCCAAAGAACUGUCUCACCCUAUGCUAUGGGUUUUUUGCAGCGGCCGUCGUGAUAAAUUUGAUAAGAGACUUGUCAGGGAAGAAGAUCAGACAGUUUAUCCCGAUACCAAUGGCAAUGGCGAUUCCGUUCUAUAUAGGCUCAUAUUUCGCCAUUGACAUGUGCCUUGGAAGCCUGAUAUUGUUUGUGUGGGAAAAGAUAAACAAGGCCAAGGCCGAGGCUUUGGCACCUGCGGUGGCAUCGGGUCUGAUAUGUGGAGAUGGAAUAUGGACACUGCCCAGCUCCAUCCUUGCUCUGGCUGGAGUUAAGCCUCCUAUUUGCAUGAAGUUUCUUUCAAGGACUACAAAUGGUAAGGUUGACGCGUUCUUAGCACACUGAAGCUUUGUUCACAGCUACAGUAGAAGGUUAUUUUCUAAGUGUAUUUAGUGUUUGUAGCUUCACGGUAGGGAACAACUCUCACAUAUGUUGCCAAAAUAUUUAUUUACAGAUAGUUCUUUACUGGUCUAAAGAGGAUCUUGUUGCUUAUAAACUAAGGAUAAAAGAUAAGUUAAAA